CAGGCUUCAGGCCAGUCUCGACUUCGUCGACCACCAUGAUUACCACCCUCCACGACUAGCAGGAACCCUCGGAAGCCCGUCCAGGUUCUCGGAGGCAUCGCGCACGACCUUUGCUUACCCAGAGGAUGUCGCCAUCGAGCUUGACUCAAGCAGACUCGAACGUCGGCGCGGAUCGACAUCGAUCACAGCGCGCGAAGUCUCUGCCGUCUAUCUCGCAUUUGUAUAUCUGGCAAAAAUGACGAGCAACCCGGUUCCACUCCUUGUCCUCAACGACGACGUCGUCGGUUGAACAUCUUUUUUCCCCUUCACCAUCAACUUCAAGUUCAAGCAAGUUAGCCUGCAAUGGCCCGCACCAUCCUCGUCCUCCACGGCUACGCGCAGAACGGGCUCAUCUUCAGCAAGCGAAUCGCAGCGUUGAGGAAACAGUGCAAGGGGAUCGACUUUGUCUUCGCCGACGGCCCCGUUGUCCUCGAUCCCACCGAUGCAUUCGCGCCCACCAAGAACUACGAUGGCGUCCGCGAUCCCCCUCUCGAGGAUCCCAUGCAGGACCUGCGCGGGUGGACGGAGCCCUGGAAGGUCGACGGUAUCGACAAGUCGCUUGCCGUCCUCCGCGAUCUCGUGAAGGGGAAGAAGUUUGACGGAAUCUUCGGGUUCAGCCAGGGAGCUGCCGUCGCGGCGUUGUUCGCAGCUAUCCUCGAGAAGCCGGAGACGUACCCUGACAUCCUAGUCGACGGCAAGCCACCUCAUCCGCCAUUUGAAUUCUGCCUCGCCGCCAGCGGCUACCGCCUCCAAGACCCGCGCUUUGACGCCGUCUACGGUUCCGGCUUCGCCACGCCCACCCUCCAUCUCAUCGGCAAGGCGGACAACUUCGUCUCGAGCGAACUCACGCAAUCUCUCGUCGAUAUCUCGACGAACAAGCGCGUGGAGUAUCAUGACGGGGGUCACUUCGUCCCGUCGAAGACACCUUGGCGCAAGUUCCUCCAGGCCUACCUCACGGACCACACGACCACCGCCGAAGCGCCGAAGGACGAGCCGCCUGCGUCUGGCACGGCAACGCCGACUACUCCGGCUUGAGUAGGCCUGCUGAUGUGCGCAGGGCU